UUCUUAUUCCCAAAAAUGUUUUGAUAGAAGUUUAAAAAAGUGACUCGUAGAUAUUGUACUUAAAAUUAAUUUAAGGAUAAUACUGAAGGAAUCCGUGCAUCAAAAAACAUAAACGCACGAAUAAAAGUUACUGUAAAACAUUUAUGAAUCAUGGGUAAACUAUUAGGCAUUAAAUUAAAAAGGGCUGAGGCUUUAUGUUGUUUUUAUUUAGUUUGAAAAUAUACUAUUUUACAAAUCUGUAUUACUGUAAUAGUGUUGUUUUUGUUUUUUUCAUCUCAUGUGACAUCCUUGUUAAAACUCACAAAACACAAAAGGUUUCUGGAGCACUUCAGAAUGAAUCUUUAUCAAAUAACAUGAUAUAUUAUACUCACUAAUGAAUGUAUUAAUGUUUGAAGAUUAUUCCUGUUUUGUCAGGUUUGGCUAUUUCUGACCAGCCAAUCAGAGAACAGAACGAAAAAAUGCUGAUGUUAUUGUGGGCCAUCUAACUGUCCUUAGGGCAAACAGAGGACCCUUCUGUUCCCCCUCACCUCCUCCUUUUGAUAUUUUGGGGCCCUUUGAAUUGCACGGCGUCUGGACCGUACCAAGUGUAUCGAUAAAACGGGGGGUCCGCUGUUUUAUCUAGCAGUUGGACAGCUCCUGGCUGUGUGACCAUGCACCUGGGGUUCGAGGCUCUUAAACACCAUCUUUUUCUAGGUGCUCACUCACACCCGCCUUAAUUUUUCAGAAAGGAGGUAAAAGAACGCGUUCUAAGACGCAUAGCAAGGUCACUUGACUUCUAUUUUUCAAUCGAUAGAUAACAGCGACGUAUUCGACUGUAAGGAAGACCCCGCAGGAGCUGGAAAUCAGCAGCAUCCCGCAGGGAUUCGCUCCAUUGUCUCUCGGUUGGGUUUGGAUUUUUGGGUCUCCCUGUAAAAAUGUCUCAUGUGACCAAGUUGUUGUUACCAGUCCUGUGUAGCAUCACCAUCACCUGCAGAGCUGCGUCCUCAGUUAACCGAAGGUGUGAGGACAGUUUGGCCACACCUCUUCCAUAUAGCUCCUUCACCAGCUCAUCAGUUUAUGCUCGAGAUUAUGGGGCUGGUUAUGCCAAGCUUAAUCGGAAACAAGGUGCUGGAGGCUGGUCGCCUUCGGACUCAGACCGUUACCGAUGGUUACAGGUCGAUUUGGGUGCCAGAAAACAGCUUGUUGCCAUAGCAACUCAGGGCCGCUACAGUAGCUCCGACUGGACCAGCAAAUAUCAGCUACUUUAUAGUGAUACGCAGACAAACUGGAGGCCUUAUUUACAGGAUGGAAACAUCUGGAACUUUGACGGCAAUGUGAACAGCGAUGGAGUGAUUCGUUAUCAGCUGCAGCAUAUCAUCCUGGCCCGUUACGUCCGCUUUGUCCCAUUGGACAAGAGCAAGGAGGGUCGCUUCGGACUCCGUCUGGAACUGUAUGGCUGCUCAUACUGGGCUGAUGUGAUCGGUUUUGAUGGCCAUGGAAUCCUGUCCUACCGCUUUAGGAGUAAAAAGAUGAAGAUUUUAAAGGAUGUCAUUGCUCUGAAGUUUAAAACCACAGCUCGAGAUGGAGUGUUGCUCCACGGGGAGGGACAACAAGGAGACUAUGUUUCUCUGGAGCUUCAAAGGGCGAGACUUCAGCUCAGUAUGAAUCUUGGCAGUAACCAGUACGGCUCUAUCCAAGGCCACACAUCCGUGACCAGUGGGAGCUUACUUGACGACGACCACUGGCACUCAGUUGUCAUAGAGCGAUACCGAAGGAAUGUCAACUUUACUCUGGAUCACCAUGUUCAUCACUUCAGGACCAAUGGAGAGUUUGCUCAUCUCGACCUUGACUAUGAGAUUAGCUUCGGGGGUCUACCUCUAUCAGCAAAGUCAAGCUCGCGAGGUCGAGAGAAUUUUGUGGGCUGCAUGGAGGGGAUUACCUACAACGGCGACAACAUUACGCACUUGGUCCGCAGGGGGAAAGUGGACACGUCCAGCUUUCGCAACUUAACGUUUUCCUGUGCUGAGUCCAACACCUUCCCUGUCUUCUUCAACUCCACAUCCUUCCUGCUCCUGCCUGGUCAGACUGACAGUGACACACUGUCUGUCAGUCUGUCUUUCAGGACAUGGAAUCCAAAUGGACUGCUGAUGUUCACCGCACUAGCUGAUGGCUGGGUGGAGGUGGGACUGACCGAGGGCAAGAUUGUCGUAUAUAUGAACGUGACACAAAAAAAGAACAUGCAUAUUGACAUUUCAUCAGGCUCCGGCCUGAAUGAUGGCCAGUGGCACAGUGUCCAUCUGAAUGCUUUGGAGAACUAUGCAAUGCUAACAGUAGAUGGAGACGAGGCAUCCACAGUCAGAACUGCCAUUCCAGUACAGAUCAUGACGGGCGGAACAUACUACUUCGGAGGUUACUUCCCACAUACAACCACUCACACACAUCAGCGCCCCUUCCAGGGCUGCAUGCAGUUGAUCCACAUCGAUGACCAUCUAGCUGACCUCAAGGCCGUGGAACAAGGUCUCAUUGGAACCUUUGAAAAUGUCAGCCUGGAUAUGUGCGCCAUCAUUGACAGGUGUGUCCCCAACCACUGUGAGCACGGAUCCCGUUGUUCUCAAACAUGGGAUACAUUCAGCUGCAACUGUAGUGGCACUGGAUACGCUGGGGCGACUUGCCAUACCUCCAAGUUCCAGCAGUCCUGUGAAGACUAUAAGCACCAGAGUCGAGGCACUGGGAGUUACUGGAUUGACCCUGAUGGCAGUGGUCCUAUAGAGCCUUUCAGAGUUAUGUGUGACAUGACAGAAGAAAAAGUUUGGACCGUAGUGAAGAACAACCUUGCACCUCAGACAUCAGUCAUGACUGCUAAUCCAGAGGAGAAGGCAGUACUGCAGAUCACUUACAAUGUAACAGAUCAGCAGUUGUUUUCAGUCACCAGCAGUGCGGAAAAGUGCGAACAACAUCUUGCCUAUGCCUGUCGAAUGUCCCGUCUACUCAACACUCCAGGCAGUGAACCGUUUACCUGGUGGUUAGGACGAGCCAAUGAGAGACAUUUCUAUUGGGGAGGUUCGGGUCCAGGGAUACAAAAGUGUGCAUGUGGAAUUGAGCACAACUGCACUAACCCCAAACACUUUUGCAAUUGUGACGCCGAUCAGCGCUCCUGGAAAGAAGAUGCGGGCCUGUUGGUGUAUAAGGACCACUUGCCAGUCCGGCAGGUUGUGGUUGGUGAUACAGGCAGAGCUGGAUCUGAGGCUAAGCUGACAGUGGGGCCGCUCAGAUGUCAGGGGGACCGAAAAUACUGGAAUGCCGCGUCCUUCACAAGUCCAGCUUCCUUCCUCCACUUCUCUUCCAUCAGAGGAGAAACCAGCACUGACAUCUCUUUUUACUUUAAGACUUCCUCCAGCCAUGGGGUCUUCCUUGACAACUCGGGAACGUCCGACUUCCUUCACGUUGAACUAAGAGGAGCCUCCUGGGUGUCUUUCUCCUUCGAUGUGGGCAGUGAGCGAAUGGAGAUUCUUGUGCACUCUGCGGUGCCUUUAAAUGACGGCCAGUGGCAUCGCGUGGAGGCCGAGAAGAACAUCAAGGAGGCGGUGCUACAGCUUGAUGGACAGCACCGAGAGAUCAGACUCACAGCUCCACAGGGGCACACAAAACUGGAGUUCUACAGCGACCUUUACCUUGGUAAGAAAGAGCUGAGGUGUGAAAAAGUUAAUGUCAAAUCUCAUUUGUUUGGUCUCUUCCCAGGUGCCUCAGGAGGUCAGAGGGGAUUCCUGGGCUGCAUGCGAGCUCUGACGAUAAAUGGAUUGACCUAUGACUUGGAGGAAAAGGCUAAGGUGACUUCAGGGGUUAAUCCAGGCUGCCAGGGUCACUGCAGCAGCUACGGGAUGCACUGCAAGAACGGAGGGAAGUGCGUGGAGCAGUACAACAGAUACUCUUGUGACUGCUCGCUCACGGCAUUUGAUGGACCUUUCUGUACCGAGGACGUGGGCGCCUACUUUGAAACCGGAACCCUGGUGCGCUAUGACUUCCUGCCAGAGGCAACCUACUUUGUGGUCCAGGAGGGAAAAAGCUUUUCGGACGUCGCCGUUCCUGUUGAGACCAACCUGACUCAGGAGGAGCUUAGUUUCAGCUUUAGCACUUCCGGUGCUCCAAGCAUCCUGGUCUACAUCAGUUCCAGGACACAGGACUACCUGGCUGUGGUGCUCAGGGUUAAUGGAACGCUCCAGAUCCGCUACAGAUUAGGAGGGCUGAACGAACCUUUCACUAUCGAUAUUCACCAUCGUAACAUGGCCAACGGGCAGCCUCACACUGUCAACAUAAGCAGACACUUUCGGGAGAUACGAUUACAGGUGGACCAUUACCCAGUGUCCACUCACAUCUUACCCGAGGCCUCGGAUACAGAAUUCAACUUGAUCAAAAGUUUGUUUCUUGGAAAGGUUUUUGAAACAGGACAAAUUGACCCCAUCUUGAUUGAGCGCUACAACACGCCAGGCUUUGUGGGCUGCCUGUCAAGGGUUCAACUGAACAGUGUGGCGCCACUUAAAGCCGCCCUGCGUUCUGGCCAGGCGGCACCCGUCAGCACCCACGGGAUUCUGGUUCCGUCCAAUUGUGGAGCCUCCCCACUGACCAUCUCCCCCUUGGCAGCAAAUGACCCCUGGCACGUCGAAACCGGCGGAGCCGUUUUCCCUUUCAGUGAGGAAUCAUCAAGCAGUAAUGGCGUCAAUCGCAACUCUGCAGUCAUUGGAGGGAUCAUCGCUAUGGUCAUCUUUGCAGUUUUGUGCAUCAUGGUGUUUGUCAUCCGCCACAUGUUCCAACACAAAGGCUCCUACCAUACCAACGAGGCUAAGGGUGCCGAGUCGGCGGACUGUGCCGACGCGGCUAUCAUCGUCAACGACCCUGCCUUCACCGAAACCAUCGACGAGAGCAAGAAGGAAUGGUUCAUCUGAGCCCCCCAGCCACCCACUCACCCACUCAGCAACCACAAGAAAAUAGACUCAAGACCGUAGGAUGUACUGUAUGGUAGUUUUAAGCAUAGCGAGAAAUAGUGGAACUCGGACGGCUUGUUUGAAGGUGUUUGUAUGAACACUUUAUGGACAAAAGGACAUCAGCACAUUCUGUCAGAUGGUAGAGCAUGUGUGAGAAUGGUGGGCAGUUUAUUUUAAUGAUCAAAAGACAACUGUUGGACAGAGAAUGGCAUAAACGGACGUGUGAAUGAUGAGAAGUGUAGCUUAAUUUAUUCAUAUUUAAGUUCUAUUUUAUUUAUUUGCCUUCUUGCAACAACAAUUACAGAAAAAUGGCAGCGGAGACAUGUACAGAAAGCUGCUGCUUUGUGCCAACUAAUAUUACUGCACAUCACUAGGUAUGAUAAUUCGUCAUAAUCCUGUUUUAUUUUAUAUGUAAGAAUGAAAUCUCAACACGCAUGUAUAAAAGAAAAGUGAUGCUUUUUAUUUUAUUUUGUGCCUGCACAACUUCAAGUGUCUCUUAAAUGAAUAAACUGUACUGAUUUUUUUUCA